UGCAAACUACUCUUCCGCCCUACCUUGUUACUGUGACUAUCGUCCCGACCCAGCACACUGUUUCCCACGAGACGCAUGUUCCGUGAACCUGAGCAUUGGUAAAUUGGUGACCCACUUGAUUGUCGCUGAUCCCAAGUAAAUUCGUGCCGCAUCCGUCCCACCUCCAAACACAACCACAACCACCAUCAUGUCUGCCCGCCGAGCGCUGGCACUGCGCUCCAUCCACUUGCGCAUAGUACCACGUCCUGCCAACCUAUCCGAGAGUCGCGAGAUAUUCCGCGUGCUGCAGGGUUUUGGAGAAAUCAGCACCUACCAGAGUCUACGGUAUGAGUACCAGAAUCCUGCAGACAACGUCGCCUUCGCCAUCUACCGCCACGAAUCCUCCGCCCAGAGCGCUCUCGAUGCCUCACCCAUUCGCUUCGCCCUCGAAACAUCUACGGCCACCGAAGACAACACCAGCACCCAAUCCCACUACACCGGCGAAGAAGACCAAGAAGAUGCGUCAACCGACCACAUGCCCCAAAAAGCAGGCAUCGACGAAAUUCUCCGCCCCUCCCAGCUCCUAAACCGAACCUCUGCUGAAACCCACCGGUCCACUCCGUCAGCGCCACCCAAACCAAUGCCCUUCGACCCACCACCCGUCUCCCCAAAACAAAAGAAAUGGACAAAAUGGUUUCAGGUCACUGUUGAUCGUACGCGCGCGGUCCAUCAAGAUUUCAUCGAGCGGCAGCCGUAUUGGAAACAGUUCAGCCCUAUGAGGAGCAUGGCACAGGCUGAUUUGGAGAAAAAGGUGCCGCAUAUUGGGUUGAGCGAUAUCAGCAAGAGGCCGCCGAAUGCGUAUCGGACACCUACCAGGGUGUUGAAGACUAUGAACCAGUAUGUCGAGACGGCCAUGCCAACUUUGAGGGGGGUUGCUGAGGGGAGCGAGAACGAGAGGGCGUAUCUGGAGAGGCAGGAGAGGAGGGUUUGAGAUGGAAACAACAGACUACCGAGUCUACCACAAUCGAACCUCGAGCGAUAGCUAUAACCCCGUCUCCCAACCAUACGUAUCGAUCCAGACCACAA